AUGGCAUCUGUUAACUACUGCUUUGGUAUUAUGCAGUCUGUCGAUAAAAAUAUUCGUAGGGAUAAUGAACGACGAUCAUCUCACUCGCAACAACAAUCAACAAUAAAUACACAAUCAGAAGAUGGCGGUGGCGCAUAUUUUUUUGGAAAAUAUAUUUCGUUUGGAAAGAAAAAUACUCCAACAACAACAACAACAACACCACCAACAACAAAGAGUGAAUCACUCGUUGAAAAAUAG